AUGAUAGCAACGGCGGCGGCGAUGCUGCCUCCGCCUAUGUCGCUAAAGAUACGAUAUCAGGCAUAUAUAGCAUCAGGCAUUUAUAGUAGAUUCUCUUCGCAGCUGCACCUGCCAGAUGCUAGACAUCAUGUCGCUAUUAUUACACGGCGGUUUUCUUCCGAAGAAAACUCUAUUGUUCAACGUCGCUGUCGCGACUUCCGUAUUCUUUCGCAGCUCCUAUAUAGUUUGAUUUGUUCUCUUUAUCAGGAAUCGUUCUUCCAAUGGUGCUUCGGCGUGGAAGAACCGGACUGUUACGGCGCUCUCGACCUGGGCACACUUGGUACCUCGAUUCUCUUUGUGCCGAGGCUACCGCCCGAAUACGCGAUUUGGCAGGGCAAACUGCACACUCUGGACGACUUCAAAGAGCGAUACGGCGUGAACGAGUGUUACUACACUGACGAGAUUGCGCGCGUGUUGAAGGAAAAGCGAGCACACCUUUUGCUCACGCUGAACGGCAGAAACAGCGAUAGCGGAUUGUUGGCGCACGAAGCGACUUUCGACGGUAUCGCCGAAUUUCAGGUGGAUAAUAGCAUCCUGUAUCCAGAAAUAUGCGAGUGCCGGGUGAUAAAGUCUCCUCAAGAAAUUGAGGUAUUGAGGUACGUGUGCAAGAUAAGUUCGGAGGCGCACAAGACCGUAAUGCGUUCUGUGCGCCCUGGGAUUCCAGAAUACAAGGCAGAGGCUCGGUUCUUGCAUUAUGUAUACGCCAUGGGAGGGUGCAGACAUGUGUCUUACACAUGCAUCUGCGGAUCCGGACAUAAUUCCUCUAUAUUGCAUUAUGGUCACGCUGGCGCACCGAAUAAUAAAGUCAUACAGGAUGGAGAUAUGUGUUUGUUCGACAUGGGCGGCAACUAUUGCGGAUAUGCGGCUGACAUCACGUGCAGUUUUCCAGCUAAUGGGAAAUUUACUGAGGAUCAAAAGCUGGUCUACAACGCUGUGCUGAAGGCACGCGACGCAGUGAUCGCAGCUGCGAAGCCAGGAGUCGCCUGGACAGAUAUGCAUCUUUUGGCGAACAGAGUCAUGUUAACAUCAUUGAAAGAAGGUGGAUUGCUGAUCGGUGAUGUCGAGGAUAUGAUAAAAGCUGGUCUGAAUGAAGUGUUUCAACCUCAUGGAUUGGGUCACUUGCUGGGACUGGAUGUGCAUGAUGUCGGUGGCUAUUUGCCUGGUCACCCUGAACGUUCGAAGGACGCGGGAGUGAGAAAGCUGAGAACAGCAAGGACAUUGCUCGCCGGAAUGUUUCUUACCGUAGAACCAGGCUGUUAUUUCAUAGAUUGCUUGCUCGAUGCAGCUCUAACCAAUCCCAACCAGUCGAAAUUCCUCGUGCAGGAACAAUUACAAAGAUUUCGCGGUUUUGGCGGUGUUAGGAUCGAGGAUGAUGUCCUUAUAACAGAAACCGGAGUAGAAAAUAUGACUGACGUUCCUCGCACGGUCGAAGAAAUAGAAUCUUUCAUGCAGAGUUGAUCGGUCAAGAAGGAUUUUGAAGGAUUUGCAGAUUUCCAAGAAAGAAAUGAAAAGUUGAAUAAUUCUUCUAUUAUGCGUAUCAAUUAAUUGCAUAAAUACAAUUGUGAUAUAAUAAGAUAG